GUCUCGCCACGCCAGUGCCGAAGAAGAAAGAGGAGGACGACAAUGAUGAGAAUGAGGAUGUGCCAGUGGAGCCCGCAGCCACCAUCGAGGACCUCCGCAAAUCGCUCUUUGAGACGGCGCGCUGCAGCCAGGACCGCCUCUUUCGCAAGAUGGACAAGAGCCUGGGGGGCAUCCGGCAAUUGGAGACAGACAAGAUGCUAGCGAAACACUCUGCCGACCUGGCGCAGAUGCAGCGAGAGCUCGACAUGGUGGCAGCGGGUGCCCCGCAGCCGCAUGAGGCUGGAUCAGCCUGGAGCCACGAGAUCCACCGCGCGGUGCUGGUCCUCACCUCCAAGUGCCAGCUCAUGCGCGCGGCGGUGGCGCAGGCCAUGGCCCCCGUGCUGGCCGACGCGCAGCUGGCUGAUGUCUCUCGGGCUCAGGGAGAGGACCUGGGACAGCGCUUCGCGGUCAGGAUGGCGGGGGAUGUGGGCGUCGCUGAGUGUCGUGUCCGCAAGCUCGCGGUCUCUCUCCGCGGCGGCAGCCCCGGUGGUGCCCGGCGCCAGGUCUCGGCCACGAUCCCGACUGGCCACGACGCGCAGCUUUCCCUCAGCAGAGGCAAGACCUCCUGCCAGGUGCCUUGCGAGAUCACGCUCAAGAAGAUGCGCCGCGCUCUCGAGGAGGGCCUCUCGAUGCGCAUCUCUGCUGACCCUGUCGGUCUUGACCAGCUGGAGGGCGACCUCUCCAUGGCGUGGCAGCCGCUGGUCAAGAUCACGAUCGAGAUGCCUG